CACUUCAGUUGCUAGACUUCAGCGACAUCAGACUGAAGCGGAUCCUCAACAUAAAGAAACAAUGAAGUUGUGGUUGGUGGUGGGUUUUCACUGGGCACUCUUUGUGAGUGCGUGUUUAGCGCGGAUGGUGAGUGCGAAUUGCGGCACCGACUGCGCCUACUGCUCACUGCACCUGCGCCUUCAACAAAUUCAUCUCAACUCCAUAGAAUGUGUGAUACAGUGUGAGGGUAAUUUUAACACCGAUGGCUCUUGGGGUUUGUGUCAAAAUCUCCUGCAAACCACCGAAAGCACUCCUGAGGCAGAACAAGUGUCCACGGAAACCACAAGUACACCUGGGCAACAUCAGGAUGAGAAAAGAUAUGGCGGCUUCAUGAAGCGAUACGGUGGAUUCAUGAAACGCUACGGAGGUUUUAUGAAACGCUACGGAGGCUUCAUGAAGAAGGCAGCGGAGCUCAGCGGGCCGGAGCCGGAAGAUUUUGACCGAGGCAGAGCAAUUCUGUCCACGAGCGACAUGAAGAUGCUGGCCGAUCAAGUCGAAAAAGACGGAGAGAGGGAGGAGGCUGCAAUGAAGGACAACCUUAAAAUAAAGAAAGGGGUUGAUGAUUUAGAGAGUUUGGUUAAGCGAUAUGGUGGAUUUAUGAGGAGAGGUUAUGACACAGUGGGUGAAGCUGGGCUACUACAGAAACGCUACGGUGGGUUCAUGAGGCGAGUGGGCAGGCCAGAUUGGAGGGAGGAGCCUAGAUUCUACAGAAGCUUCCCUAAACGCUCAGCACAGGAGGAGAACGAUGCAGAAAAGUCAUCGGAGAUGGCCAAGAGAUAUGGGGGUUUCAUGGAAUACUGAAGUCCUUGCAGACUGUUGUUAGCCAUCUGCAUUUCUGUUUAUCAGAGUCCAUCUGCUUGAAAUAUAACUCAAUUGUGGUGACAUGAUGCAUAAUUUGUCUGUAUGUCUUUGUGCUAGACAUAUUCAGUAAGGGAACACGAUGCUCUCAAAGGCCCGGCUAUUACAAUUAAUUUUGAAAGCCAUUACAAAGCCAUAGACAAAUAUACUGUAAGUUUAAUCACCAAGUGGAAUGCUCAUUCAUUCAUUUGAACCUCCAAAUGUAGUUUCUUGUCUCUUCACACCAAAGUACAUUGGACAUAAAUUUUUGUAUGUUUAGAAUUACUUUAUUAAUGGCAUAAAUAAUAUAAAAAGUAAUAUUUUAAUGUUACAUUUAAUAACAACACCAUGAUUUCUUCCCCAAAGCGGUGUUUUUCGCAGUCUGGUGUGUCUACAUUUCUUGUAAUCUGUACAGCUUGAAUAAACUGCUCGAA